AUGGGAAUAUUCAAAGCUAAGACAUUGGGGCGACUUUACACAGUACAUCCAAAGCAACGUGAGUGCUUCUAUUUACGUUUGUUAUUGGUGAAUGUGCCUGGACCAACGUCUUUUGAAUUUCUGCGAACAGUUAAUGGUCGAGUAUUCAAUACAAACCAAGAUGCAUGUCGUGAACUGCAAUUGCUAGAAGACGAUAACCAUUGGGACUUAGCGCUUGCUGAUGCUGCGUUGACAUCAAUGCCCAAUAACAUUCGUCAGCUGUUUGCAAUUAUUUUGACGACGUGUUAUCCAUCGCAAGCACAAACUUUGUGGAAAAAAUAUAAAAAUUGCAUGACAGAAGACAUAUUGCACCGAAUUAGACAAACAGAUCAAUGCCAAAACAUAGAUUAUACGCCAGAGAUGUAUAAUGAAGCAUUGUGUUCUAAUUUCAAAUUUACCACUUAA